AUGAAGUUUAACACAUUGGUUGUCCUAUCAGGACUGUUCCUGGCUAGCCUCCUCGGUCGUGUGGCAGCUACCGGGACCUGUUCGGGUGCGGAUGCUACGACCUGCAACUGUCCCAACACUGCUGUCAAGAGAUACCAGGCGCGGUCGUACACCUACCCAGAGUCUCUGUUUCCUCGCACAGGCGAAUCAUGCCCUGAUGGCACACCCAGCUGCUGCACUGAAUAUGGACCUGGACCACUGAAAGUGUCAGAAGACACGAGCCAAGCUGAUCUUCAAUGCGGCAAGAAAUUCGGCGACGAUCAGCAGGAUGUCACCAACGGCGUCACUUACACGAUCAAGGACUGCCCCGCCAAUGGAGAUUAUGCCGGGAAGAAAUGCCUUCAUGUUGCCAUCAGCCCUGCGGCAGGCGCGCAGGUGACGGACAUCCACUUGCAAGUGGAUGAUGCCCCGAUUACGCUCAACAAGAAGCUGGGGACUUGGGCCUUUAACAAAUACUGCACCACCGACCCAACUGAGUGUUGGGUCCCGACCGACAGCAUCAUUGCUACGUUCCCGUACCCCAAGCCAUCGUCCCUUUGCGACCGCACAAUCUAUGUUGCAGUUGGCGUUUCUAUUUCUACGGGAGGCACUGACACGGCAACCUGCUUCAACAAGGGGACAACCAUCGGCUCCGGGAACUGGUUCAUUGGAACACUGAUUGUCGGUGCUGGUGGCAACGACGUCGACAAAGGAGUCCCUGUUGGCACCUGGUCAGCUAAAAUUAUUGGUUCCCAGUUCAGCUUUGAGUAUGAGUUGUACGAUGACGAUACUCUUGGACAUUUCGAUCUGUCCUCGGUACAUGUCUAUGCUUCGUGCGAAUCGCCCACAACGUGUGCCCCCGGACGGUUUACAUUCAAGGACGACAAUCUGAUUGGUGACUCGGACACUUCGUACUCCAAGGACUUUGCCAUUGAUGGCACAUGCUCGACUUACUAUCUUAUCUUCCACGCCACGGCCAACAAGCAGCUCCCUUUGAGUGAGUCCUGCCCGUCGGCAGUGUCGUAA